UGGCUGAGCCACUUAGGAGUUUCAUAAACUUCAGCUUCCUGAUCUGAUCUGCCUUGGCCAACACACAGGCCAAGCAGUUUGUGCUAGGCACAUGGAAAGUGAUGGUCACAGCACAUCAGGGGGUGUGGAAGCAGCGGGCUCUGCCUUUCCCUGUCCCUCACUUCUCCCUGACUUGCUAGGGUGUCGUAGUUACCAUAGAACAUGAUGUGGAAAAUGCUAGAACAGCAGUUGGGUGAAGCAGGGCCACCAAAUAAGUCCUGGCCUCCUGGAGACCUCUGGAAACCCAGCAGGACCAUGUGUACCAGUCUGACCACUUGUGAGUGGAAGAAAGUAUUCUAUGAGAAGAUGGAGGUGGCAAAGCCAGCAGACAGCUGGGAGCUCAUCAUAGACCCCAACCUCAAGCCCAAUGAGCUGGUCCCUGGCUGGAAGCAGUACCUGGAGCAGCAUGCCUCAGGCAGGUUCCACUGCUCCUGGUGCUGGCACACCUGGCAGUCUGCCCACGUGGUCAUCCUCUUCCAUAUGCAUCUGGACCAUGCCCGGCGGAUGGGCUCGGUGCGCAUGCGCGUCUUCAAGCAGCUGUGCUAUGAGUGCGGCACAGCGCGGCUGGACGAGUCCAGCAUGCUGGAGGAGAACAUCGAGGGCCUGGUGGACAACCUCAUCACCAGCCUGCGAGAGCAGUGCUACGGCGAGGACGGCGGCCAGUACCGCAUCCACGUGGCCAGCCGCCCGGACAGAGGGCCGCAUCGUGCAGAGUUCUGCGAGGCCUGCCAGGAGGGCAUCGUGCACUGGAAGCCCAGCGAGAAGCUGCUGGAGGAGGAGGCGACCACCGACACCUUCUCGGAAGCCUCCAGGCCCAGGGCCCAGUCGGGAUCCGGCUACAACUUCUUCUCUCUUCGCUGGUGCUUCUUCUGGGCCUCUCUCUGCCUGCUCCUUGGCUACCUGCAGUUCUCCUUCCGCAGCUCCGCCUUCCUUUAGUGGAGCUGGUUCGGGUGGGAGAGGGCACAUGGGGUUGAGAGUGGGGAGGACACUGGCUGGUCUCGAUCCUGCUACAGAUUCAACAUACGACCUCUCUGGGCCUCAGUUUAUUCAUCUGUGGAAUGAGGGGAUUGUAUUAGAAGAUAUGUAAUGAUUCUUUCAUUGGAUUUGACAAUAAUGGGGGAAGGGGAAAAAGGUGUAUGUAAUAAAGGUUUUAGAACGUGU